UUUUUAAAUGGGAAAAUGGUGUUCUAUUGUUUUCUCUCUACUGUUCUUUUUUCCUCUGUUUCACGGAGGAAUAGCAGCAGCAGCAAAAGCACAGGAAGGAUUAGAGGAAUGGGGAUAUGUUGAAGUUAGACCCAAAGCCCACAUGUUCUGGUGGCUUUACAGAAGUCCCUACAGGGUUGAAGAUGAUCCCUCCCAGCCAUGGCCUAUCAUUCUUUGGUUGCAGGGUGGACCUGGUGCUUCAGGAGUUGGGAUUGGAAAUUUUCAAGAGAUUGGGCCAUUAGACAGUGAUUUGAAGCCAAGGAAUUCAACAUGGUUGCGAAAAGCUGAUCUUUUAUUCGUGGAUAAUCCGGUUGGAACGGGAUAUAGUUUUGUGGAGGAUGAAGAACUGUUAGUCAAAACCGAUGAGGAAGUCGCAGCUGAUUUAACGACAUUGUUGGAGGAGAUAUUCAAUAGAAAUGAGAGUCUCCAAAAGAGUCCUCUACACAUUGUGGCAGAAUCUUAUGGUGGGAAAUAUGCAAUUACUCUUGCACUCUCAGCACUUAAGGCCAUAGAAGCUGGGAAGUUGAAGCUUAAAUUGGGAGGAGUGGCACUAGGAGACAGUUGGAUCUCCCCAGAAGAUUUCGUGUUUUCAUGGGGUCCUCUUCUCAAAGAUAUCUCGCGGUUUGAUAACAACGGGCUGCAGAAAUCAAAUAGUCUGGCUCUGAAGAUUAAGCAGCAAAUUGAGAAAGGUCAAUAUGUUGAUGCAACCAAUUCAUGGAUGCAACUUGAGUCAGUGGUUAGCUCCAACAGCAAUAAUGUUGACUUCUACAAUUUUCUGUUGGAUUUUGGAUCAGACGCGAUGACAGAUCAAGUAGAUGUCUCAAAAGGGAUCACAGUAAAAAGAUAUUCAACAUAUUUGAGUUCCUUAAGGUCUUCUCCUGGUGUUGUAGGUGAUUUGGGGAGUUUGAUGAAUGGUGUCAUUAAAAAGAAACUCAAGAUCAUCCCGGAAAAUGUGGAGUGGGAAGGGCAGUCAGAAACUGUUUUCACAAAGCUUGUGGGCGAUUUUAUGAAACCAAGGAUCAGUGAGGUCGAUGAGCUCCUUGCUAAAGGAGUGAAUGUGACUGUUUACAAUGGGCAACUUGAUCUUAUAUGUGCAACCAUGGGGACGGAAGCCUGGAUUGAAAAACUCAAGUGGGAAGGGCUACUUAAUUUCUCGAGCACGAUCAGAACCCCUCUCUACUGUGGAAAUAAUACAAGAACAGAGGGUUUCCUCAAGUCAUACAAAAACCUACAUUUCUAUUGGAUUCUUGGAGCAGGCCACUUUGUACCUAGUGAUCAGCCCUGUGUUGCAUUAAACAUGGUCGGUGCCAUUACGCAGUCCCCAGCGGCUUCUUGGUAGAAAUUAAGGAAAAAUGCCAUUCCAACGGUACUAUUAGCCAACCAGGAAGAGGGUUGCCUGUAAGCUGGUUCAGACGCAUGAUAGUCAACGAGC